GUGUCAGUCAGUAGUGAUGUCAUUAUUAUAAAUAAGUAAAAGUGCAUUCCACACUGCAUAUUAAUUUAUAAUUUUAUCGAAUAAGAGCAAAUUUUAUUACUUGUAAGCAUUAAUUUUGCGAUAUAUUUUAAAUAAGUGUCUAAAAUGCACAAGAAACAAGCAUCGUCUGACUCGCUUGAAAUCGCUCCCUUACGAACUUUGGACGAUUUUCUAUUAGAAGCGGCUCGUUUUCAGAUUCCAAAUGUGAAAGAUUUAGAAAAAUGGGGCAAUAGGGUCACUCAAAAUUUGCUCUACUACCAAACCAACUACUUUUUGAUGUCCAUACUAAUUUUCAUCAUCGUGGGAGUUAUACAUCCCAUUAAAAUGGCUUGUGGAGUAUUAGCAACUGCUGUACUGUUUAUGAUAUUCUUAUAUGUUACCAAUGAGAAAGUAACAGCAGCACAAUUUAAAAGGAAACACCCAAUUAUUUCUCUCAUUAUUGUUUUUGCUGGAGCCUAUUUUAUAGCAUAUAUGCUUCAAUCUCUUAUGGUUUUCCUUCUUGGAGUUCUCCUACCAGUUGCAGCAAUCUUUGUCCAUGCCUCUUUGAGAUUGAGAAACUUAAAAAACAAGAUUGUUAACAAAGUAGAAAACUUGGGACUUCGGACAACACCUAUGGGGUUUUUUCUUGAAGAGAUGGGAUUGGAAAGUGAUCUUUUCUGAGAAACGGUGUAAAGAUUCAAGUUAUCCCAUUUGUGAUGGUUUCAUGUGAUUCUUCAGAAGUGCACUAGACUGUUUUAUAUCAGUAUAAAAAAUUACUAUAAGAAUACCUUAAAAUGGGCUACUAAUGUUGGGAAAUCACGUACAGAGAAUAGAACAUUGGACCUUUCCAAACGAACUAAUAAUAAAACAAAGCUCAUAUAAUAAACAAAUUCUUAAUUUCAGCUUUAUUCCUAAAUUUAUUAUAGAAGUGCAAAUAAUGACUUUUAUGUGACACAUAUACUAUUAGGUUUGUUCUAGCAUCAGUUUCAAACGGUUUGAAACCAUCAGCGAAUAGUCGACCAGCGCGAGUAGAGGGGAUAGCACUGGUGACUGUAUUAUGUUCUCUCACUGACCAACUGUUUGCUGACGGUUUCUGACUAGUUUGACUGUUUGCUAGAACAAACCUAUUAUUAAAUCUUACAUUUACGAUAUAAUGCAAAGUAAGUAGUUUUAAGCGUUUAGCUUUUAGUGAUAUAUAUUUUGAGAUUAAGUUGCAGUAAUAUCAAUAUUUUUUCAAUUAAAAUUUCAAAAUGUAAGUAAUUUUUAACAUAAACACCAAAUAUGUUAAAAAACUAAUUUCUGGAUUAUAUUUUGACCAUAGCUAUGGCCCAAAUCAUCCGACUUUAUAAAUGUACUUAUGAUUAAUGCUCUUUCUUAUUCUCAAUUUUCAAGAAAAUAUUCUAUAGUUGCAGAAGCUCAAAAAAUAUGUUAUGCCUUUUUAGCUAGGUCAGAUGUUUGUUUGGGAAUGUCCACAUUCUUUUGCGUGAAGUUAGAUUUUAAUAAUUCAUUAUGUUAAAGUAACAAAUUUUGAAUAUAUUAGUGGUCUUAUUGUUUUGCACCAACUUAAGUCUGAGUUUAUUUAAACACAUUUGUGAUAACUAAUCCAUCACUAACAAAUUUAAUAACUUACAAAAAAGUUAAAUCAUUAUUUUUUGUAAUCAUCUGCUUUUAGAACAUAUAAAUGCAAUAAUAAUUCCAAAAUUAUUAGAAUUUUAAUGAUAUACCUAAUGCCUAAAUAUAUACUUUAGGGUGGUGAUUCCUCUUUCCUUGUUUAUUGUGACGUUAAUUGAACAUUUGAUAAUAUUCCAGUAUUUAAAGAAUGAUUUUCUGACUAUUGAUUGUAGCAAUAUUUGCUACUGAUCUGUUGAAAUUUAAAAUUAAAAUACCUCAUCCAAGCAGCCUAUAUAGAUAUACAUCCAUGUAUAUUUUUCAAGAAUUUUAGUGUAAUCUGAAUCCAUUCUCUUUUCAUCUAGAUAUAUUUUCUAUUUUUAAGAAAUUUUUACUGAACAGUUUUGUUCCAUAUAGCUUUUAUUGUCUCUUAUUGUUUUAUACACUGAAUUCUUCAGCCUGUUUCCUUUAGAUUGUAUUUUUUAAUAGGGGUAUGAGUUUUUUAUUUUUCCUAAUUUUUGUUUUCAAUGUUUUUCAUCUAAUUUUCUUGGGUUAUAAGAUCUUAGAUGCCAUAAUAUGUUACAUUCAGUAGAUUUAUGUCUCUAUAAUCUAUAUAAUAUAAACUGUGUUCUCCUCGUUUUAUCUGUAUUUAUUAAACUUGUUGACUCAUUUAAAUAAAAUUCAGUCAUGUCCAAUCGCAAAAAGUUAUCAUAAUUUAUUUAUUUAUUAAUGACCUUGUUUAUGAGAAUUGCAACAUUAAGCAACACAUUGUCAUGAAAACCAAUAUUUUUACCAAAGCUUUAGUGCAUUUCUAUGUUUCCUGUAAAUCUUAGUGUACAUUAUAAUCUACCUUUAUAUGUCAUGUAUUUAGUGGGCAGUAUCGCCCUAAGUAUUUAAGCAAAUGAUGUGAUUAAACUAGCAUAUAAUCAACAAAAAUACAUAUUUAUGAAAGUUGACUAUUUUUCCAUGCAGUAACUUCCUUAUUGUAAAUAAUAAAAAAGCAAUUUAACGACAAUAUCUGAUAGUUAUAGAACAGGUUGUUGAAUCUGUUGAUAUUAUAUGCUAGUUAUUUAGUAAUAUCCAAGCGGAGAUUUAAUGAAUAGUAUAAACCAGAGGUGGAGAACCUAUUACCGUUACCAUUGCCUGUUUGGCAAUGGUAAAUUUUUUUUUGUUUGUUUUCUGGCCUUGAUUUUGAACCUUUAGCCACGUAAUUACUAUCACUAGCUCAGGGGAGUAAUGUGUAGUGUGUGUUGAAUAAAUGUCUUGUUACUUUGAAAAGUCGACUUUAUUGUCUUUACAAAGAGACGCUUAUUGAAUCGGAACGUCUACGGUCCCUCAGGUGAGUACUGAUUCCACAAGGAUAGAAACUAUUUUUUUAUUGGUACACCAUUUGGUUACUUAAAGUACGCCUCAGCGUGUUUAAACUCGACUUUCGAAAACGCUCGUGUUUUAAAAUUACCAUGACAACAUCAACAGUUUUAAAUAUUGAUCUGACCUGACAGAAGUAUGUACCUUGUAACGUCAAAUAAAUCAAAUCUGAAUAAAAUAUUCGUAACAAAUGUUUCAAAAGCUUUAUUCAAAUAUUUGAAAAUCUUAAUUUUUUAAAUGAAUGAGAAAAGUACAGUUGGUAUUGUUUAAAAUAUUUAUACUUCCGUUUUUUAAAUCGGAGCAAAUGCUGUUCAAAUUUAUACUACCGACAUUCUCGGAAGCCAAUGAGGUUGUACUUCCAUUAAUGGCACUCCCAAUAAUGUUUGAAACAUUCUUUUUAUUGGUAAUACUCUCUUCAACGUAACCAGUCGCCACAGCUGCCGAUUUCCAUCCUACUUUUCGUUUUAUUUGAUCUAUUGUCAUGCCAAUGUUCUCCAUAGCGGACGUACGUCGAAACGCAUGUCUCGUGUAUUUUUCAGGAUCGCCCAAUUUUAGAUAACGUGCAAUUUCAAGAGACAUGAUCUAAAUAUGUAUUAAUACCAACUACUUGAUUAGUGCACUUCCCUUUAUCAUACCGUAAGAAAAUUCGAUAUGUACUUACAUUUUUAGGGCGCAAUAAUAAAUACUUCUUCACCAAACGCACAUAAUUAAGUGUAUCGCUAUCAGCAACUGUAAAAUUUCGAGCCAUCACAGUCUUAGGUGGUCGGAUAGUAAUAAGCAAUACACAUCUUUCUUUCUUAAUGCCAUGUAAGUGUAAAUCGCACAAUCCACAUCUUCUGCAAGAGGCACAGACAUCGCAAAUGGCUACCACCAUAAUAAUACAAGGAAGAAUACAGGGUAGAAGGAGUCGCGGAAGAAGACGCAUCUCCUGGUUAAACAAUUUGAGAGCUUGGUUUAAUUGCACUUCUGCUGAUCUCUUUAGAGCAGCGGUAUCGAAAGUGCGAAUUGCCGUGAUGGUUGCCAACCUUCUUAGAGGAGAUGGCACAUGAAGAAGAAGAAGGUGCAUAUGUGAAAAACUGCGGCAAAUCGUCUUCCUUGAUUACAUUCGUCUUCUUUGCCACGUCAUUCUUGCUAAUUGCCUUCAUGAAUGCAUGCACUUUCACAAAGGAUUUUAAAUAUAUCCCUUUGCUUGUCCUCAACAUACAAGACCUCAAUAUCCACUUAUACUUUAGGGAGCGUUCAAGUAUUACGUAACGCGAUUUUUGAAGAUUUUUGACUCCCCCUCCCCCCUUUGAAGAUUUUUUUACCCCCCCCCCCCCCCCAACCUGCGUUACGUAAUACUUGAACGGCCCCUUAAUAUACAAAUCAUUUAUAAAAUUUAUAAUAAAGAAAAAUUCCCUCCCAGCCGGAAUUCGAACUCACGACCUUUGGGUCCAAAGAUAGGCUCUCUUGCCACUGAGCCAAGGAGGGAUUCAAUGGUAAAAAAUAUAUCAUGAAGUUGGGUAUAAUUUUGAUGUCAUAUACCAUAUAAAAUUUACACCAUGAAAGUAAUUUUUUGAUAAUUCUUACGAUUUUUUAAAUAAUAUACAAUAUUGGUAAGAUGUUGAGGUAUCGUUUGUACCACAGCAACAAUCUUAUCCUGGUCUAUCUACAACUAUUCAAAUGUGUGGAAUUAGCCAUAGUUCCAACUAAUCCUUCUUUUUAGAGUAUUCCACAUAUACUCUGUGCUGUUUAGAUUCGAACUUCUAAGUGGCCACUCCAAUACCGACUUUGCAACUUCUUGGAGGUACUGACGAAUUAUUUUGGCAAUGUGUCGGAAUAAUGUCACUAAAGGUAUCAUCUGUUCUUGAGACAUUUCCUUAUAUACCUGUCCAAGUUAAGAAUGCCUCCUCGAUGGGUUAUAAGGGCCAUACAAGCUUCCCAUUAUUUCCCUAUUUUAUUAUACCUCCACCACCAAACAAAUACAAAUAAUGUAUUUUACAAAUAAAAAAUAAAAGGCAGAUAUCGAGCACAGUCAUUUAUUCGCUGUGAGCCGAUGAGUAGAGGGGAUUUGACAGUUUUCGCCAGCGCUGUUAGUGGCAGUUUUGUCUAUUGAAUUUGAACAAUUUUAUCAGAAAAGUAAAGUUUCAAACCGCGAGAGAGCGCUACCGACGAAACUCACAACCAAUAAAAACAGAGGUAACCUCUAAAUUUCACAUAAACUUCUUCUUUUUCUUAAUGGCUUCUUGCGUAAGCAGUCAUCCAGUCGCACGAAUUUAUAUAUUAAAUAUUAAAAUUAUAAUGAAUAAAAUAAAAAAACAUAAUUACUUUUACUAUUAAUUCUGUGUAGUCGUUCAGUAAUCAUAUUUCAGUUCAAAAUUUGUGUUUUUCUAGAUGAAUAUCUAUUUUUCUCGUUUUGUAUAUUUCACAUACACCAAUUUUAUCAGAAAAGUACAAGUUUCAAACCGCGAGAGAGCGCUACCGUCGAAACUCACAGCCAAUUAAAUUAAAUCUUGCCAAGUACCUUCGCUCUCUGAGCAUCUUCAGCGGUAUUUUGUCAAAAAAAAGAGGCUAUCCAGCACAUCCAGGAAUGUCGUAAAUAUUUACAUAAAUAUUAUACAAAAAACAGACACUAUACAAAGGAAAAACAGUUUAAAAUAAUUCUUCUGGAGCUAUAUUAUGGGCAACAUCAAGAGAUAGAAUGUCAUGCCAUGUACGUGUCCAAUUAAUUUUGCGGUCGAUUGGACAUAAUUAUGAUAAAUUAUUUAAAGUAUUUUAUAAAAAGCUAUUAAACAAAACAUCCAUCGAAGUGGCAGUUAUAGAGGUAAUGGAUUUUGACAAGAGCUAUGAGUCAUGCCGAAACAGUAUUCUACACAAGUUUACGUGUUAUUUACAAGGUCAUAGCUCUUGUCAAAAUCCAUGAGGUCUACCAAUGAAACUAAGUUCAUGUCAGUAAAUCAAACAGUGUUUAAUUGCCAUUACAUUUAUUUGUCAGGUUUUCCAUCUCUGCUAUAAACAAUAAGAAAUGUAAUGAUUAUAUACCUCCUCUUCCCUUUAUAAUCUGUUUAAGCUGAACAUUAUUAGUUACCUUUGAUGUAUAGUAUAUUUACAGUUGCAAACACAAAUAGGCUCAAUUAUUCCAAGUAAAUAUUAUAUUCUAGAACUGUUUUCAACUAGUAUUAGACAUGGGUAAUUUUAAUAGUGUAGAAAUUAUUUUUCAUUUUAUAAAAAAUAUAACAAAGUUGGAAUAUUCGUGUCUUUGCAAAACCUAUUUAAAAUACAGAUAUUUUUAUCUAAAAGAGAAACAUAACAGCUAAAAGAAGAUUAUCUAAAUGAAUUUUCUUCUUUUUUGUCCGCUGCAAUGUUAUGCAUAUUCAAAACUUCUAGUUUCUAUAGUCUUCUAAAAAAUACCUUACGCUACAGAGAAAGACGAAGAAAUUUUGGGAAUUUUUGAAAGAUUUCCAAAGACAAAUACAGAUAUUAAAUGUUGACGAAUAAAGAUAAUACUAAACUACACUUUUAAAAGUUUUCCUGUACAAAUUCACAAUUUCGUUAGUAAUUCUAUUCUAUUCUAUUCUCCAACUUAAGUUCAUUCCUUAGUGUAAAAACAUAGUGAAGCAUCGCACCUCGCCAGGCACAUUGCUACGCACAUCGCAUCCUCAAAAACAAAUUAUUUUGUUCUUCAAACAUAGCUAAUAUAAGGGCCGAUUUCUCAUAUCGAGUUCAACUCAAGUUUAACCUGAACUUUUAGUGAACUACAGUUAAACGUCAAAACAGUAUUUCUCAAUUCCCGUUCAAACAUUGUGGUGGUUUAAACUGCGUUCAAUUUGAACGCUGAAAUUCGGGCGUUCAUGAACCCAGUUCAGAUGAUUUCAGAGAUUACGCUUGCCUAGUAUUAUCAUGAAACAUUGGGCGCGUUCACCAGAUGCAAACGUUGGCAAUCAGUUUGCGCUUUAUGCUUCUGAACGACUUGCUAACGUCACAGUAUAUAGAGGUUCCACAGUAAAAUCACUCCUCUGUCGGCGCUUUGAUCUCAAGAAGUAAUACCGGCAGUACGCAAUUGGUAAUUCACCAGUGGUGGAUGCGGGUUUUCCCUGUUAAAAUCCGUACGUUUCUAUGUGACUUGCUAUGCAAGAGUGGGGCAAAAGCGACUGCCAACAUUACGCGGUCGCCAUGCGCGACUACAGACUUUACUUCCAAUUUUUCGGAGAGUGGUUCUACUGUCCCUCUUUAUACUGUGCUAACGUCAAACUUGUUUGGAAAGUGGUCGCCAUUUUUGCAAGCAUAAAAUAUUUAAGUUGAACUUUGCAAACGUGUUGAAAAUUGAAAAAAUAUGGCGGGAAUUUAAAUUGUAUAUAUUAUAAAAUAUAUUUAUAAUGGUUUUAUAUAUAUAUAAAAUAACGGCGACUGAAGACAUUCAGCUAUGUUAUUAUCUAUUAAAUCCAUUUUCUUCUUUCUCUUAAUAAAAAGAAUAAUUUCAAAAACUUAUUUAUUGAUAAAAUUAUUUUAGGUUACGUUCAAACCAAACAAGCAAAAUGUCAAAUUUUAACCUAAACAAUAAACCGUUCAGCUCACUGUCAACAAGUUUAAAAAUCAAAACGCAAACUGUUGUGAACGUGUUUGCAUCUGGUGAACGCAGUCACUGUCAUUAAAUAUGUCAAAUUCAGUUUGUUAUCAAGCGUUAAAUAGAUAUCUGAGCAUUACGAAAACAUUAUUUGUAUUUUUGUUAGAUUUAUUAAUAAUUUUUAAAAUGACUUUUACUAUAAAUACUUAAAUAUAACGUUAUUCAGAGAUAGCAUAAAAAGUUCAUACACAAUGGCGAUAUUUUUACCUUUUGCCACCUAUUGGAAUUUCUCGAAAGCUACUAUAAUCUAGGGAUAUUCGCAUUACCAACAAACGUUCAGGCGUAGAACGUGUAUAUAACUGUAUUGAACCUCAGUCAGUUGAACUAUAGAUUAACUUAGUUAUGAGAAAUCGGCCGUAAGUGCGAUGCUCUGUGAUGUACACUGUUAUUUAAAUGUAUUCAAUGUUUCUUCAUCGGCAAUCGGCGAUGUGCGUCAAUAUACCAGGCGGGGUGCGAUGUUUCACUAUAAUUUUACACUUGGGCAGGAUCUUCGUCACGAAGAUGUGAUUUUUAAAUAGUUGGUUGGUUGAGUGAUUUCUGUAUUACCCAUUCAAAUCGUAUAAUUAGAUAUAUGUAUUAGGAUUUAAAAUAUGUUUUACAUGUCUUUAGUGGUUUUAGUCAGCCAGUUGGAAGUUUAUUGCCAACUUUGAUGUAUGUCCUAAGAUAAACUUUUAAUUAAAUAUUUGUUCCACUAUGUUUUAUUAUUAAAUUUCAACGAUAAUCUUAAAUAUUUAAUAUUUUACUCUGUCUAUUCGUUUUGUAUCAAUAUUUUAUAUAGUAUUUACUUUUGUUUUGUUAUAUUUUAAAACAAAUUAUAUUGCUGCUCAUAUUCUAUAGAAUUUCAUAUGGAAUUAAAAAUAUAUGAUUAUAUCUUA